AUGCUCACCAGCGUCAUUAUUUCCACCGCCCUGCUGGCAAUGUCUCAGCCAGUUAUGGCAUUAUGCGGCUGCAAUCUCAGGGUCGAAAGUCACAUCAGCCCGGGAUUCUCGCUGGAUGUUGUGUCAACUCUAAUCGUCGGCUCCCAAGCUGCUGCGAUAGUUGACUUGCCCCUCGCCGUUUCUGCCGCCGAAGACCUGGCAAAAUGGGUCAAGAACACCACUGACAAACCUCUACUGGCCGCCUUCACAACACACAAUCAUCCCGAUCACUAUUUGAGUGGAAAGGCCUUUCUCCAACACUUCCCCGACGCCAAGCAUUACGCGACGCCUGAGACAACCGAGUUCUGGUCUACGGCCUACGGUCCCGGUGUCAUCGCCCCCAUCCCCGCGAUCCCGACCGCGUACAACUUCUCUUUCUUCGCCCUCCCAGGCGAUGAGAAGUGCCCGAUCGAGAUACUCAAAAACGUUGGUGGCGACACGAUCGACUUGUCUGCUUUCUGGAUUCCGUCCAGCAAGACCCUGAUUGCGGGCGACGUCGUCUACGGCCACGAAAUGCAUGCGUGGCUCGCCGACCUUCUCACACCUGCCUUGACCGAGUCUUGGCUCACGACUCUCGACUUCAUCGCGGGCCUCGGACCUAACCUCGUCAUACCCGGCCAUGCAUUGUCAGCCGAUACCUUCAGUGCUAUCGCUGACGUCAAUCACACGCGAGAAUACGUUUCGUUCUUCCAAGAGAACAUCGAAGCUAAAGGCGCCGACUUUUACAUCCCACAGGAAAUUUCGGAAUUGAUCGACGGUGCUUUCCCUGGGUUAACGAACCUGACAUCAUCAACGACUUCGGCUACCCUUCUCAACAUAACUUCCGAGAACUUUGGCCGGGGCGGACAAAAACAGGUGCAUUAUUUCGACUUGACUGUGUAUAAUGACACAAAAAUCUUGGAUGGGUGGCGUUUGUAA